AUGACCAAUUUUGCUCUAAGCCGUGCUAGUAUUUCUUGCCUUCGCGAUAACCAGCAAAUUGGUAAUCAACUCUUCGGCCCACGGACGAAGGACCGAGAGCGCGAAGUACAGUCACCAGUCGACGAUCAUUACGCACCGGCAUAUCCUCGAGAGGAGUCACAAGGGAAGCCACACUCCGUGCGCAGUACGGCCAUAUCUAUGGGAUGGUGA